AUGACUGGAACUCCUGCUCCAGGCAUGCACACAACCCCUAAAUUAAUUCUGUUCUAUAACCCUCUACAUUGGUGGAACGAUUGGAUGGAGGGUAAAACGGACAGCGAUGAUGUGUUCCAAGGCUGUUCUGUAAAGAACUGUAUCAUUACCAAGGAUGUGUCAAAAUUAAAUGCAAGUGAUGCAGUAUUCUUCAACAUGCAUACAUUACCCAAUAUACCGAAAAAGCGAAGGGGACAGGUCUGGGUUUUCUCAGAGUUCGAAGCACCUGCUAAUUUCGCAGACAGAGACGUCCUCGAUAAGUUCAAUGGGGCAAUUAACUGGACAUUUACAUACAGACGGGAUUCCGACUUUCAUAUUCCACACGGACGAUUUAUUAAAAGAUCGAAAGACAGUGAAAUGAAUGACGAUGAUAUGAUGUCAAAACUUUCGGGGAAACUGCGGAGCAAAGUCGCGGUCGGUUUUAUCAGUCAUUGUGAGACGCAUGCAAAACGUAUGGAGUUUCUUCAAGAAAUGAAAAAGAGUGGCGUCCAUAUUGAUGUUUAUGGGAAAUGUGGCGAUCGGCAGUGUUACGGUAAAAACAGACACAAGACUUCCUGGAAUAUCACUCAAAACCAUAAGAACAAAUGCUUCUCAGCAACUGUUCCCACUUACAAAUUUUAUAUGUCAUUGGAAAAUGCCCUCUGUCGUGAUUACGUCACAGAGAAAUCACUUAACAUGGUUCUGCGUCAUUACAUUGUGCCUGUGGUUCGAGAUGGCGCUAAUCGUUCGCUGUAUCACCCACCAGGCUCGACAGUUGAAACAAAGAACUUCCGGUCAGCAUUGCAUCUAGGGAUAUUUUUAUCCGGUUUAAAUUCAAAUAAGUCUGCAUAUCAGAAUUAUUUUAAAUGGAGGAAGUAUUUUUCUACAGAGGGAAUAUUGAACAGUUGGAACGAAGGUAUUUGUGACUUAUGUCAGCGUCUUCACAACGAGUCAAAAUACCGCCGUGUUUAUAGUGAUAUAGCUUCAUGGUAUAUUAAUCCAGGUAACCAACCCGCUUGUUACAAACCAAAAGACUUGUAUAAAAAGUCUUAUGGUUAA